AUCAAUGCAACAAGACAAGUUAUAAAAUAUAUUUAUUAAUUUAAGUAUACAUUAGUUAGUACGUCCUUGUUUAUAAUGACAAAAAUGUCAGUAUAUAAUUUACUUAAAUUAACAGUAAGGACAAUUAUCAUUGUGUCAAUUGGUCAAGGAAGAUUAAAAGGUCGGGAAACAAAAACUGACAAUGGCAUACCAUUUUAUGAAUUUUUGGGUAUCCCAUACGCGAAACCUCCAAUUGGGAAGUUAAGAUUUCAGAAUCCUCAACCCCCGGAACCAUGGGUCGGUGAACGAGACGCGACGACUAUUAACGAAAAAAAUAUAUGUUAUCAAAUUGAUAUGACAAAAGGAAACCUAAUCGGAAGCGAAGACUGUCUUUACCUCAACGUAUAUACGCCAAAAUUACCCGAUUCUAAUACAGAUCUAUUACCAGUAAUGGUUUUUUUUCACGGGGGAGGUUUUAUUUAUGGUAACGGUAUUGAUAAACAAGAGUUGGGUCCAGAUUAUUUGAUUGAGAACAACGUUGUUGUAGUAACUUUAAAUUAUAGAUUAGGUGUCCUUGGUUUCUUAUCAUUAGACAUACCCGAAGUCAGGGGCAAUAUGGGUUUAAAAGAUCAAGUUCAAGCUCUGAAAUGGAUCCGUAAUAACAUCGAUAAGUUUGGUGGAGAUCCUAACAAUGUUACAAUUUUCGGAGUUAGUGCUGGAUCUGCCUCGGUCGAAUAUCAUCUUCUGUCACCUUUAUCUGAAGGAUUAUUUCAUAAAGCUAUUCUUCAUUCUGGAUCUACUUUUAAUCACUGGGCAAUCAAUUAUGAACCAAAAAAAGUAUUGCAAAGCCUUUUAAAAAAUAUGAGAUAUAACGAAUCUACACACAAUGAUAACGCUAUAUAUAAAUAUCUCAUUAACAGUCCUGUUUCAAUUCUUGUAGAGGCAGGCUACAAAGAUAUCGAUAAUUUAACAACUAAUAGAGUUUCUUUCGGUUUUGUACCAGUAAUUGAAAAAGACUUUGGUAAUAAUGCAGCAAUGAUAACUGAUACACCUUACAAAUUAUUUAAGGAGGGGAGAUUUAACCGCAUUCCUAUUAUCAAGGGAUUUUGUAAUAAGGAAGGUUUUAUGAGCUAUCAAAUCAAUCCAAUUCUUAUUAAUGAUGUGGUAAAAAAUAAAAAUUUCGUUGACCGUUGGGCUUAUGAAAUGGAAGUAAGUGACAAAAGUAGAUUGAACAGGAACUUCUCGGAGGUUUACUUCGAAAAUAUGCUACUUGAGGAUGACAGCGUUGAAACUAGUAUAGAUUUCUUCACUGAUUUUGAUUUUGCCGCUGGCAUUAAGAUAAGCGGCGAAAUGAUAGCACGAGAAGGAGUUCCAGUAUACUUUUAUGAAUUCACUUAUGAAGGGAAAAUUAACUUUUUUAAACAAACAUUUGGUAAAGUGCACAAGGGCGCAAUUCACGCUGAUGACAUGGGAUAUAUAUUUAAAUAUUCUUCUUCUAAUUUAGCAGAUGCAAGAGACAGUGAAUUAAGAGCAAAUAUGUGCAAAAUGUGGACUAAUUUCGCUAAAACUGGGAAACCCACACCGUAUGAUCUUCCUGUCCCAUGGCAUAAAUACACAGAAGAUUCUCCAUCAUACAUAAACAUUGGAGACCCACUUAUAAUUAAAGAGGAAUACAAACCGGAAAAGAUGGCUAUAUUCAGGGAAAUUUAUAACAAAUAUGAGAAAUAA